GCUGUUCAUUUGUGCAAAAUCAAUCGUGAAGUUCUGUGGUUUUUUAACUCACUUUUCUUGUGACUUGGAUGAAUUUUAGGCAGAGAAUCCAAAAUACAAUUUACAACAACUUCAUGGCUACAAUUCCUGUCUACAAUCCUCUCAGCCCCUUUUUGGGGCUCAUCCCCGGAGGCUUCCGCGUAGGGCAGAUGAUUCGCAUUAAAGGUGUAAUCAACUACUACGGACACAGGUUCCAGAUUAAUAUACAAGCCGGCCCAGCUCUUCGUCCUCGUGACGAUGUUGGUCUACACUUGAGUGUUCGACCGCAGGAGCACGCAAUUGUACGGAAUACGUUGACAAAUCAAAUUUGGGGAACUGAGGAACGACACGGUGGAUGCCCGCUCAAUCCUGGACAACACUUUGACAUUCUCCUCCUUGCUGAGCAUUCCUGCUACAAGAUUGCCAUCAAUGGCGUUCACUUUUGCGCCUUCAACCAUCGCAUGUCUCUAAGUAGGAUGCAAUUCAUUUCCAUCGAGGGUGACGUCACCAUUCACUCAAUCAUCCAAGAAGGUGAUACCAGCGGUGGUGCACAUGCUCAUCCCAUGCCCGUACCCGCGGGAGUUCCUGCUGGUGGUGUUCCCGUAUACCCACCAACACCUUACGGAGCCGGCGGAGCUCCACCCUAUGGAAGUAUCCACAGUGCACCCUAUGCUUCAGCCCCUCCUGCACCACCACCACCCCCAUACAGUCCCUAUCCUCAUGGUGGCUACGGACAGCCUGGUGUUGCCUAUCAACCGUCAAUGUACCGAACCGCGGGUUCACCAGCAAUGGCUUAUGGGACCAAUCAACCAUUUCAGAAGAAAAAAUCAAAUAAGGCUUUAAAAUAUGCUGCCGGUGCUGCUGGAGUUGGGGCAGGAAUUGGACUUACGGCCUUAGCCAUUUCCAGCCUCGCUGGUGGCGGCGGUGGUGAUGACUGUUGCGACGAUGCCGGAGAUGUUGAUGUUGACUUUUGAAGGGAUUUAAUUUUCACCAAAAGAACAUUGAUUUUAUUGAUUUCUUUCUCUUGCUUUUUAUAAUUAUAUAAUUUUAUAUUUUGUGUAAUGUAAAUUCUAAUAAAAAAAAAGAUGAGAUUUUUAUUGUUGUAAAAUGUAAGAAAACUCAAAAUAAAAAAAAGCACUGAAAGAAUAAAUGAAUAGCAAUGAAAAGAAAAA